GAAGUUACGACGUUGUGCAAGUCAGAAGCUGUCAGGUUGUCAGCAGAGCCGAGCAUACGGCAGUCCUCCUAAAUGGCUCCUUCCUUCUCAUCAUGCUGCAGCUGCUGUUCUUCUUUAUGGAGAUGCUCAUGCUCCUCAGCAUACACCUUGGCUUUGGGUUUGGGAUUUGUCGCACUUGGGACCAUUCGGAUCACCCUGCUUAAAUACUCUGCCAAUGAGGAUAGCAAAUAUGAUUUUCUACCAGCUUCUGUGAAUUUAAUGGCAGAGGCCAUCAAACUUGUCAUCUGUUUAGUUAUGUCACUCCGAGUGAUUAUUCGAGAGGGUCGCUCCUACAAGGACUGGGGCUGCUCCUCUAGUUCUUCUCUUCCUAGCUGCCUGAAGUGGGCAGUACCUGCGUUUCUUUAUUUUCUUGAUAACCUCAUUAUUUUUUAUGUGAUGACCUACCUCCAGCCUGCUUUGGCAGUAUUGUUUUCCAAUGUUGUCAUUCUCACCACAGCCAUUCUUUUCCGGUUUGUACUAAAGAGGCGCUUGUCUUGGGUGCAGUGGGCCGCCCUCGUCAUUCUCUUUCUUGCCAUCGUGGCACUAACCAUGGGUACUGGCAGUAACCAGCAUGCCACUGGUGUGCAUGGGCUGCACACUGCACAUGUCUCUGCUCCCUCUCGCAUCUGCCUCAACUACACUCAGAUGGAGAAUGAACAGUUUAACCACACUGAGUCCAGCUGGGCUGAUGACUUAGCACCCAAGCUCUGGAACAGCCAGCUUGUUCAGCGCUUGCGUGGCUUUGGCCUGGGGUACAUAUUGCUGCUUGUCCAGUGCUUUAUCUCAGCACUGGCCAACAUCUACAAUGAAAAGAUCCUGAAGGAGGGUGAGCAGCGGGCUGAGAGCAUCUUUAUCCAGAACAGUAGGCUGUACAUCUUUGGAGUGGCCUUUAAUGGCCUGGCACUGGUGCUGCGUGCUGAUUCACGGGCGAUGUUAAUGCACUGUGGUCUGCUAUAUGGUCAUAAUGCCUACUCUGUAGCACUGGCCUUUGUUACGGCUGCCCUUGGCCUUUUAGUUGCUUUUAUCCUGAAGUUCCGUGACAACAUGUUUCAUGUGCUGACAGGCCAGAUCACCACAGUGCUUGUCACAGCCCUCUCAAUCUUUCUGUUCGAGUUUCAUCCAAAACCAGACUUUUUCUUGCAGGCGCCUGUCGUGUUGCUGGCCAUUUUCAUUUACCACAGCAGCCGUCUUAAGGACCCAGAGUAUGCACUACAGCAGGAAAGACUCCGGGUCAUCAAUGGAGAGGUGUUUGAGAGGGCUAGAGGGGAUGGAGAAGAGUUUGAGAGACUAACCAAAUCUAACUCGGAGUGUGAUUCUGAGGAGGAAUCUUUUUGAACAUUUUCUGAAAUUCUCACCUUUACCUUGUAUGGUUUUGUGAGUUGCCAUUCAGGUCUUUGUUGGGGCAGUUCUGAAUAUUUUUGGAAGACAUGAAGCUAUUUGUUGACAGUAUUUGCACUAAGGAUGUUUUGUACUGUAAAUGAUUACACUACAAAAUCAUAAUAAUUAAGACAUUAAAAUCUACUGGAAACAUUUUUUAUCAACUUUUCGUCUUCUCAUUUGGUGUUUUGGGAUUUUUCCAGGUUUUUCAUCACUUUAACUGCUCUUGACUUUUUUUUUUUCGUUAUAUAGGCCCGUCUUGCACCAGUGUUUCUGGGUCAUGCCAGUCCCACAGCGAUUUUGAGGACAGUUAUGAGAAUUAAUGAAAAAAAAUUUAUUGGGGACAUUUACCAAGACUUUAAAAUGUAAAGUAUUUACAUUUUGUUGUAAGUAAAUCUGUAUAUGUGUAAUUUUGUGAAACUU